CGCAACGUAAUAUUAGCGGGAUUUUUGUCUUGUUUCUUUCAUUGAGCGGUUUCGCGGGAACUUCAGUGUAGGUGGCGGUUUUCCUCAGUUAGUACAGGUUUAUAGCGUUUCAGGAUUUUAUUUUUUGGUUUAAAACAAAACUUUCUGGUGUUCAGGAUGCUGUUUCGUUUUGUCGUCGACCGAGGAGUGGGUAAAAGAAGGCGCAACGAUAAGCAUGGGGAUUACCCGUUGUCGUCUCUGUUGGAGUGUUUCCAGUGUGCCCGUUAUGACGAGCACAUGUCUUAUGGAGACUCGGGCGUCGCUGUUCCUCCGUUCGGAUGCACGUUCUCCACAGCUCCCGGGCAGGGCAGCAUGCUGGCUGUAGCGAAUGAGGAAGGGAUCGUGAGCCUUUAUAACACCGAGAGACGCAGCACUGUACUGAAAGAAUGGCUGGCGCACGAUAACGCCGUGUUUGAUAUCGCCUGGGUCCCCGGAGCAAACAACCUAGUGACCGCGUCGGGGGAUCAGACGGCUCGGCUGUGGGACGUGGUCUCUGGGGAGCUGCUGGGAAGCUUUAAAGGCCAUCAGUGCAGCCUGAAGAGCGUGUCCUUUCCCACACGUGAGAAAGCUGUUUUCUGCACUGGAGGCAGGGACGGGAACAUCAUGCUGUGGGACAUGAGGUGUAGUAAGAAAGACGGCUUCUACAGGCAGAUGAAACAGAUUAGUGGCGCUCAUAUGAAGGUGGAGCGAAACACGCCGCAAACAAAGAAAAAGCGAGCUACGUCAAGAGGAAUGGCUCCUUCUGUGGACUCUCAGAGAGGUGUGACGGCUGUUCUUUUCCGUGACGAGAACACGCUCAUCUCGUCAGGAGCCGUAGAUGGGAUGAUUAAGAUGUGGGAUUUGAGAAAGAGUUACACGGCGUACCAGCAGAACCCCACCCCACUCCAGACCUAUAGGUACCCGGGAUCCUCCACACGCAAGCUAGGUUAUUCAGGCCUGACGUUAGACUGUACGAGCUCCAGGCUGUUCUGUAACUGCACGGAUGACAACAUUUACACGUUCGACGUGAGUGGAAUGAAAACUACACCAGUGGCUGUGUUCAGUGGCCACCGUAACUCCUCGUUCUACGUGAAGUCCAGCGUGAGUCCGGACGAUCAGUUCCUGGCCAGCGGGUCGAGUGACGGCAACGCUUAUAUCUGGAAGAUCUCUGACCCAGCUCAGGCUCCUGUUAUGCUUCAGGGUCACAGCCAGGAAGUGACAUCAGUCACCUGGAGCCCCUCUGAUUUUACGAAGAUCGCGACCUGCUCUGACGACAACACCGUGAGGAUCUGGAGGCUCAACCGCAGCAUCGGCGGAGAAUCCUCAGCAGGAGAUUUAAACCUUGUAGGCUGGGCACGCCGCAAAAUCCAGACACCAUCCCGACUAUCUGGCUCCUCCCCUCAGGUUGAUGUAACCCCCGUUCGGAGCGGUAGGUCAGGCAGCGACGACUCUCUGUCAUCCCCUCAGCCCGGCUCGUGCGCCCCCGGCGGUCCCGACUUCCCUCCUCCAUCCGUCACCUCCUCUCCCGCUGAUGCACCCUGCCCGCCCCAGUCCAAAACUCCGCUCUCCGUCCCCGUCAUUAACACGCUCGGCUCGGAGAGGCGCGCCAAACGCCGCCUGGACACGAGCGAGGCGUCAGCGGCGGGGGAAGACGAGAGCGACGGCGUGACCGAGCUCUAUCCGGACUGUAAGAGGAGUCGGCAGUCCCCGAGUGCUUUCUGCCACUCGGCAGAGGAAAGAACCGAGCAGAAGAAAGAGAGGAUCAGCUCGGAUAAGGAGAACCGCUCGCCGCCGAAGGCCGACUGGCUUUCCGCCAUGAGCCGAAAACUGAAACAAUCUCACAGCCCUAAUGGAGUAAAGAGACCGGACUCGAGGACGCCGUCCCUCUCUGCGCUGAGCUCUCCGCAGUCUGUGAAGAAGGCCUCCUCCCCUCAGACGAAGAGAACUUCCUCUCCAGCUUCUAUGAAAAAGAUUUCUGCGUAUUUUCAGAAAACACCGCAAGACUGAUCCUCACGCGUGUUCAAGUUCUCGGGGGAGAAUCCGACCGAGGCUUGGACUCGGCCGCUAAGUUUUGGACACUACGUUUUUAAAGAAAUAUCCAGCACAGUGUUCUACUGUGUGUGAAUUUUACCCUCCAUCUUUUGUCUUUCAGCAAGACCAAUUUUCGAGGGAAUGUUUUUAUGCAAAAGGACAAAUUAUAUUUGAGAUUUUUUUAUAUAUAUAUAUAAAAAAAACACUGUAAUUAAUUUUACCAUUCCUAAAAUUGAUAUGCAAAGCUGUCAUUAAUGGAGUGUUCACACACACGUUGAGUGGAAGUGUAUACGAGGUGUGUGUUGUCAGCUACAUUCAUAACGCAUACUUUUUGUAUUAUUGUUCUUCUUCUUUAAACUGUUUGAUACGGCGUUGGUUUAAUCUGAUCAUUAAAUACAUGCGCUCUGUUUGGUAAAGUCUGAACUGUUAUGUACAGUAUACUGAGACUCAUGACCCUGAAAUAUCUUCAUAUGAAGCUUCCUUGUGUAUAAAAAUGUCUAACUCCAAUCGAAGACGAUUUCUCACCGCCGCCUUUGCUCACAUUGACCAAGGGUGCCAAUAUUAAUGGAGGGCACUGUAUAUGAGAUUUUCACUCAAUAAGACAAUUUAUUAUUAUUUUUAUUUUUAUUUUUUUUUAAGUAAAAGAUUCUUUAUUUAAGAUGCGAGAGCUACUUUCGGUUUGCAGCUCCAGGGGGCGAUAGACAUAUUCUCAUGGCUCUCAUGGCACCUGUUGACCUUGAAACCAAAACUACAUCCAGGAUAUAAUCUCUAAGCAUACAGCGUAAGUAUCUUCUAUUCCCCUGAUGCGAUUGGGGUUUUAAUACCACGCAAGCCCGGUGUAAUGUUUCCCAUGAAUAGCACGGUGGUGCGCUGCACGUGAACAUGGUGACAACAUGAGUUUAAUGAGCUACAACCGCACAAGCUGAUAAACAGGAAGCUGCAGUCAGAUUACAGUGAACAGCAAAAACUGAAGAAGCUUUUAGGAGUAUUCCAACAACUGUUCAAAGAUUUCGUACAGGCCACGGUCAGGCGUGGGGAAAAUACGUUUAUCACGCCGUCCUCAACAGCACGGUGUUUAAAGAUGAAACCUUGGCGUUCACUUUGUAUAGAGUUUUUGCUACAAAGAUGUUGUUUUGCUCUACCACAGCUCUGAAAUAUGUAGCGUUAUGUAAGCUAGUGCCAAGAUAAAGGUACACUGUAAAAAAUAAAAUAAUAAUUAGGCAAUUAGAGCGGUGCAUUGUUUUAUAGUACAAUACCACACCAUGCAGUGCGUAGUGGGAUAUCUAACGUUUUGACAGGGUGAGAAUGGGGAAUAAUUCUCCGUCUGUCAACCUUGAGGUUAAAAUUGAUUUGCUAGUAAAAUCUGGAAUCAGUGCGUGGUUGCGGUGGCAGGGGUUAAGGUUUUGAGUUACAGAUUAUGUCGUGUGUUUAAAUCUCCUAAAGCCAAACUGCCGUGGUUGGGUCCUAGAGCAAGACCCUUAACCUGCUGCUCAGCUGUAUCAUGUUUCAUGCAAAUGUACUGGGUGAGGUUUGAUUUUACCUAGUAAGGAGAAGCGGUACAGACAAUGGAUGGAGGGAUGGAUGGAUGGA